AUGACAAAAGCAUACUAUAAGAGAGAAUCUAACUUUCUUCCCAAAUUCAUAGCCCGGGAACAAUCUCUCCCGGAACCCCCCUCCUACGCGGAAGUGAUUAGUGAGAUCAAUAGAGUCCAGGAUACCAUUAACGAAGUGAAUGCAUGGAAUCUUCAGCUCGUCGACUCCGAGGUAGUCGACGCCUCUAACCCGGCAUUUCUGCCAGAAAUCAAAUCAGACGUGACCCGCGCUGAUGCCUACGAGUCGAGAUCUGAGCGCCCGCUCCGGGUGCUUUCACUUGAUGGUGGCGGCGUUCGGGGUCUAUCUAGCCUCAUGCUUCUACAAAAUGUUUUGGACAAGGCUGCCCCCGGAAAGCGGCCAUGGGAAGUCUUUGACAUGAUCGGUGGAACAAGUACUGGGGGCUUGAUUGCGAUCAUGUUAGGCCGUCUGAAAAUGAGUAUCAAGGACUGCAUCGACGAGUAUAACAAAGUCAUGGACCAGGUUUUUCCCCCAACGGACAAAUACACCAAGAAUAUCAAGCUGUUCAAAAAUGGAGAAUACUAUGAUUCGUCCAAUCUCGAAAAGAUUAUCCAGGAUUUGAUCAAGAGAAAGCUGGGCGAUGCGGAUGCCAGCUUGCUCGACGAAAGCAAUCCUUGCAAGAUCUUUCUCAUGGCCGUAAAUGAUCAAGCGGGGAACAACCGUGCCCCAUGCUUCUUGCGCUCGUACAAGAAUCCGAAUGAUAUGGGCGAUCAGACUUUGGUUAAUAUCAAGCUGUGGCAAGCUGCUCGUGCCACUUCAGCCGCUCCGGCGUACUUUAAGCCUCUGGAGGUGAACGGAUACACGCUAGUGGAUGGUGGCCUUGGGGCCAACAAUCCUCUCGGAUGGCUUUGGACGGAAGUCCUAGGCGUAUUUGGGCCGGCCCGCUCAACAGACUGCUUCCUCAGCAUUGGCACAGCCAUUGCCAGUAACACCAAGGUAGAGCGCAUCAAACUACCCGGCCCGGAGACUCUAAAAAGCUAUAUCUCCGUAGCCACGAACAGCGAGAUCACACAUAUCAUGUUCCGCACCCUGAUCGACGCAUUCGCCCCCGCAGCUCGCCAGAAAAAGUACUGGCGGCUGAACGUCUCCAGGCCCAUUCCGGGAGAAGAGAAAGUGAUCGAGGAGGGAUAUCUGUGGUGGAAGAAGAAACAUCUGGUGAAAGUGCUAGACAACUAUGAGAGCCCUGGAGAGUUGGACGACCUCCAAGCGCUCAAAAAGCUGGAGGUGUGGACUAAGGAUUAUAUCGAGCAGGAGGUCAAGUUGAUCCAGGGCUGUGUGGAGGCUAUUCGAAAUAGCCUGGCUGCAGAUGCUUGA